AUGACGUCCGAGUCAUCAUUCAGCAGCUCUUCAGAACACACGGGGGAUCCUAUAUCCUGUGAAGAGAAUGACAAUGAAAUGGACGAACGAAAAUUUCUUAAGAAUUGGACAUAUUGCAUCCGUUCGGAUUUUGCUUCAUUGUCUGGUGUACCGGCCACUUGGGAGAAUGGCUAUCCAAAACACUGGGGUCAGGAAGAAGCGAAGAUCUUUCUCGACGGGGAGGCGACCACCACCCCUGCCAUAAGUCCAGAUAAUCAGAUAAUUGCAAUAGGAAUUGCAAAUCAAAUUCACUUAUUCCGUGUGAACACCAAGGAGCGAGUCGAUGUGUUACAUGGACAUCCUGGGGAAGUAGUUACUGUCGCCUUUGCACCCAGCCUAGAUAAAAACUUGAUCGACAAGCCGGAUGCCCCACGUUAUUUGUUAUCAUCACAGAGUGAAGAAGAAGGUGGAGGAAACGGGUACAUUAUAGUAUGGGAGCUUGAUCAGUAUGGCAUGAAAAUGCCCUCCUCGAAAGAGGAACAAGAACAACAAUUCAUGCACUGUUUCCCCGGCGAAUUGAGCUCAUUCGGGGGGGCAGUCUUCAGUCCUGACGGUAAAACGAUGAUAUACAUCGUCCAAAACGUUACAAUUGACUAUUAUACUGGGAAUUGCCGUUACUCCCCCUGUGUUAUUCUCUGGGAUGUGGAUAGCCGAUUAAUUCGACAUCAGCUCCAAGGUCACACAGACAUUGUAAUGUGGAUCAGCAUCAGCCCAGAUAACUCCCUUGCUGCUUCCAUAUCGUGGGAUGGCACCGCGCGGAUCUGGGAUAUUCUCUCCGGCAAAUCCCUUCAUAUUAUUGGACCCUUGGGCGGCCAACUUUGGUGCGGUGCCUUCUCCCCAGACUCUAAAUAUUUAGCUGUCAGCCAGGGAGGUCAUGAUCUUAUUCAUAUUUACAACAUCCCCACGGCACAGCCAGUCUCAUGUAUCAAAUUACCUACAUGGUCGCGCUCCAUGGCCUGGAGUCCAGAUGGGAGAUUUUUGGCUGGUGGGCUUCAGAUUGGUGCACUUUGCCUGUGGGACCCUUAUACAGGAAUGGAGAAACAGAGAUGGUCUCUGCAUUUUGAUGAUUUUAUGAUGCAGGAAUACGCAACUAUUGGAGGCGUACAGUUUAUCGGCGAUAAGUUGAUCUUCCGGAUACUUGAGGGAACGGUUGAGAUAUAUAAUCUGGCUACGAAUCUCAAGCAGCAGUUUACACGGGGACCAGAUACUAAGAUCAGCAGGUGUCCACGCGGGGAAAUGGUCUGCUCGAGGGAUUCCAAGCUGCUUAUUAUCCCAGAUUCUGACGGAACCUUACGUUUCUGGAGACUAUAA